AUGGCUACUAAAAAUACAGAAAUAAAACAAAAUGUUUUUUUAUCAAAUAUUUUUUGCCAUUCUGAAGAUUUAAAAAAUUUAAUAAGGAUAGAUUCAAAGAAAAGAACUCAUGAGAAAACUAAGGGGAAAAAUUAUUUAUCGGCAAUCAAUUUUUCCUAUGAUAAAAAUGAAAACGAUGACCCUUUCAAGGUUGAAGAAAUAUACGACAGAGAUUUUUCGUCAAAAGAAAAAACAUGCAAACUAUUUGUCCCGUUUAAAAAGAGGAAAGAAAAAGAGCCUCGAUUUAUUACCAUUGAAAAAUUAAAAAAGGAAUAUAAAAGUAUUAAUAUUUAUGAUUUGUUAAAUGAGAAAAAGAAAUUAUUAGAUAUAGAGGAAAUAAAAUUUACUUGGGAAGACAUAUUAAAUUAUGAUGAUUCAUCCUUUGAUAUAUUUACAAUUGAAGAGAUAGUUGAAGAAUUAAAAGAAGAAGAUCAUAUAAAUGAAAUGUAUAGAAAAAAAAAAAAACCUCAUAUAGAAGAAAAAGAAGAAAAAUAUAUAGAACAUAUGAUAAAUGAUGAGAAAAGAAAAAAAAAUAAAAUGAAUGAAGAUUUUAUUAUUCCUUUUAAAGCUAAAGGAGUAUUAUAUACAAAAAUAGAAAUAUUUGAAAGUAUAUUUGAAGAUAUAUAUAUUUAUGAUUAUAAUGAGAAUUCAAAACUAUUUAAAGCAAAAAAAAAAACAAGUAAAGAAUUUUUUUAUAUUAAUAGAAUUCAAUUUUUUUUUACAACUGAAAAUCCUAUAUUAUAUAUUGAAAAAUUAUUUAAUGCUAUAAAAAAUAAAUCCAGUAGUUUAAAAAGGAGAAAAAAAUUUAAAGAAAUUGAUAAUAAUAAUAAUUAUAAAAAUAUUAAUUGUAUUCUUGAUGAUGUUAAUAAUAUUGUACAAAAUAAUUUAUGUCUUCAAAAAUGUAAAGAUAUAGAAAAUAUGAAAAUUAAUUUAAAUUAUUUUUGUAAUAUAUGGUUAGGAAGAACUUUUAUAAAUUGUGCAUUACGUAAAAAACAAUAUUUUAAUAAUAAUAAUAGUAAUAAUAAUAAUAAUAAUUUUAUAUCAUUAUAUGAUAAAAAAAAAUAUAUUAAAUAUUAUAAUUACGAUUUUGAAAAUAAAAAAAAUAUUAUUAAACAAUGUGUACUACUUGAAAAUACAAAAGUUAUGAAAACAUUCUUAGGAAUAGUAAAUAAAUGUACUAUCAUACAAAUUUUUAUAUUCGACACAUCAAUAACAAAUUCGUUUGAAUUAAAUGAGUUUUUUCAGAUACAAAAUGUGGCAGUACUGAAGUCUUUUGAGAGUGUUAAUAAUAUAUGGAUGAAUGACAUGAAAUUUAGUAUCGAAGAGAACUUAAAGGAUUGCACAAAAGGAAACUAUAACCUGAAGGAUAUAUCCAUUGAAACAUUCAAAUAUACUAAGAUAAGAAUAUUUUUUAAUAUUUUAAAAUUAAUUAUUGAAAAGAAAAUAAAUGAAAUUUUGAUAUAUAACAUCGAUAUAUUUGUAGAUAUCUUUUGUAAUAAUAUGAAUAAUUAUAAAAAGAAUAAAAAGUAUACUCCUGUAUUUAUUAUAAAUAUUACAAAAAAGUUUGAUUCUUCAAAAUUUAUACUAGAUAAUAAUCCUUUAUUAUUUUAUGAGAAAAUAGAAGAUUUAUUUUUUUCUACACUUAUAAAAUAUCAACAAAUAGAAAAAAUAGAAAAGCUAGUUAUACCACAAAUUUUUAAAAAUGAUAAAUUUAUUUUUUAUAAAUCUAUGAAAGAAAAUGAUUACUUUAUAUCUCAAAAAUUAAAUGAAAUCAAAAAUAUUUUUGAAGAAUGUAAAUCUUUAGUUGAUUCAUAUUUAUCAAAAAUAAAUAAACAUGCUGAUAUCUUAAAUUUUAAUGUAAAUGAUGCUAUAAGAAAUAUAGAUAUUAAUACAAGUGUAGAUCAUAUACAAAAUAUUAUAUAUAAAAAUGUAGACAAAAUACAAAAUAUUAAUAAUACUAUUGAAGAUAAUAUUCAUUUGGGGGUAUUCCUUGUCAAAUCUAAGGAUAUGAAACUUUUUAUUAUCAAUGAAAUUAAUAAUUAUAUAAAGGCCCUCACAAAUAUAAUUGUCCAGAGGUACAAAGAAAAAUAUACAUCCAACCUUAUGUUUUAUAAUUCCGUUAUUAUAAGACUGAAAAAAAAAACUACCAAAAUACAAGAAAUCUAUGAAAAAGAAGAAUAUAUAAAAGACAUGAAAAAAAGCCUUGAUUUUGUUUCUCAAGAUAUUAAAGAAAUCAAUAUAUUAUUUAAUUGCUUAAAUAAAUUAAAUUAUAAAUUUUCUAGUGAUGAUUAUCUUUCAUAUUGGAAAAUUAUAAACAGACCAAGUAAAAUUGAAAAAAUUGUAAAAGAAGUUAAUGAAAAUAUAAAAAAACAAAAAAAUGUUCUAUUAGAAGAAUUAAUUAAUGAUGAAUCCAAAUUCCAAAGUAGUAUUGUUGAUAUGAAAGAAAAUGUACAAUCUAUUAAAAGUUUUAAUGAUGAAAAUAAUUAUUUAAGUAUUAAUAAAUUUAUAUUAACUGUUCAAAAUCAAUUAGCUGUUUUAAUAAAAGAGUCCAAGGAAAUUAAUUAUCGUGAGAAGCUUUUUAAUAUUGAAAUAUCUGAUUUUUCUAUACUCUUAAAAAUACAAAAUGAACUCAAUUUAUAUUACACAUUCUGGCUCAUUUACAAAAGCAUAAAGUCCAUGGAUGAACGAUUCGAAAAAAAAAUAAAUUCAUUAAAUCAUAAAAAAAUAGAAGAUGAUUUCAAUUUGAUUUUAAAAAAUAUGAAUAAAAUUAAUAAACAUGCUAAUGAAUAUUAUAAAAAUAAAAAUAGUCUAAUUAAAAAAAUGAACGAGAAAUUGCAAUUUUUCAAUUCAUAUGUGUCCCUAUUAAUAUCUUUGAGAAAACCUAGCAUUAAGGAUAGGCAUAAAAAUCAGAUAGCUCAAAUCAUUGACGAGAAAAAAAACAUCGACUUCAAUAAUAUAACCUUUAACGAGUUAUUAAAAUUAAACAUUAAUAAUAAAAUUACAAGUAUUAUUAAUAUUUGUGAGAAGGCAAAUAAGGAAAAUGCAAUCGAAAAGUUUUUAUAUAAAAUAAAAAAUAACUUUAGUAAAAUAAUAUUUCAAAUGAAACAUGAAGAAAACAAUAAAAUAUUUAUAAUUUCUAAUUUAAACGAAAUAUUAACAAAAAUAGAAGAAAAUCUUGUGUUAAAUCAGAAUCUACUAAUAAUAAAUAUAUAUGAAAUAUAUCAUAUAGACAUAAUUAAUAAUCAAAACAUGAUGAUAAAUGCUAAUAGUAUUAUAAAUACUUUAAAGAAAAGUCAGAAUUUGUUUUUGUAUUUGAGUAGGAUAUUCAUUUUGACGGAUAUAUCCAAGCAGUUGAUCAAUGAAUCGAAAAAAUACAAAUUAAUCCACAGCAACUUUUUGAAUAUUUACAAAGUUAUAGAAGAAGAUAAGAAACUUGAAAAGUUUUGCAUAAGGAAAGAUACAAAAGAGAAAUUAGGAGAAUUGUAUAAUAGUUUGAAUUUUUUAUUAAAAAGUAUAAAUGAAUAUUUAGAUUUAAAAAGAGAAAUAUUUAAUCGUUUUUAUUUUUUAAGUACUGAUGAUUUAAUAAAUUUAAUAUCUUCUAAUAUAAAUGAUCAAAUUAAUACUUAUCUUUUUAAAAUUUUUAAUAGUAUAUAUAAGCUUGUCAUAAUAAAUGGAUAUAUAGUAUCUUUUAAAUCUCAAAGAGGAGAAGAAUUAUUAUUAUGUAAUGAAAUAAAAAUUGAAAAAAAAGAAAUAACAGAAAUAUUAUUACAAGUAGAAAAAGAAAUGUUCUUUAGUGUAAAAAAACAGAUAUAUGAAAAUUUAAUUGAAUAUAAAAAUUUGAUAGAUAUAAAAGAAGAUGAUUUUUUAAAAAAUAAUGAAUUCCGAAAUUCAUCUCAUAGAAAAUCAUAUAACCAUAAAAAUUUAUCUUCUGAUAAAUAUAAAACAAAAAAUAAUGAUCAUUAUAAUGAUCAUUAUAAUGAUAAUUCAUCAGAAUAUUUUUCAUAUUCAUCAAAUAUGUCACUUACAUCUAAUAUGUCUAACUCUUCAGAUUCAUCUUAUGUUACUUCACCUUUAUCUAAUGAAAAAAAAAAUAAAUUUUAUGAUAAUUACAACAAGUCAUAUAAUCAAACAAAAGACAUCAAAAAUAAUAAUAAUAAUAAUAAUAAUUACAAUAAUUACAAUAAUAAUAAUGAUCAUCAUCAUAAUAAUAAUAAAUAUAAUGUCGAAAAAAGUAAUCCAAGUGAAAGAUAUUCUACACAAAAUAAUAUGCGCAUGAAAAAUUAUAAAGAAAAUGAUUCAUCACUUCAUAAUAAUAUAUCAUAUGAAGCAAUAAAUAAAAAGAUUAUAUUUUGUUUAAAUAAAAAUAGUCAAUUUGUUCUUAUAAUAAAAAAUUUAUUUUGGUCUAAUUUAGUUGAAUUAUUUUUGAAAUAUAAUAAUUUGAAUAAAUAUAAAAAAAUAUUAAAUGAAGAAUUAUAUGAAUAUAUAAAUAUAAUAAAUAAAGUAGAUAAAAAGAAAAGUGUCUUAUUGCAUACACUUAUCAUUUCUCUAGUUCAUAAUAGAGAUAUAGUACAAGAAUUAAUUAAAAAAAAAGUUAAUGAUUGUAAUAAUUUUAAUUGGUUAAUACAAUUAAAAUAUUUUUAUUAUAAUAAAAAUUUAUAUGUAAAAUAUUUAAAUGAAUCACAUAUAUAUGGAUAUGAAUAUAUUCAUAAUGAUAAUCAAAUUAUAUUAACCAAUUUAAUAAAUAAAUAUUUUAUAUCUAUAUUACAUUCUUAUAGUUCUAAAUUAGGUGUCUGCUCAGUUGGAUUAGCAGGCACAGGAAAAACAGAAACUACUAAAUAUUUCUCAAAAUUUGUAGGUAAGUUUUAUUUUGUAUAUAAUUGUAGUAGUAAUAUAAAUUUUGAUUUCUUGAAAAAUCUAUUCUUUGGAAUAGCAACAAAUGGAAUUUUUUUUUGCUUUGAUGAAUUUAAUAGAAUAUCUAUAGAAGCUCUCAGUGUUCUAGCUCAACAAUUAUGUAAUCUAUUUAAUGCAAAAUCAAAAAAAUUUGUUAUCAAUAAUAUGAAAAAAAAAAAUUAUAAUAAAACAAAUACAAGACAAAAUAAAACAGAACAAAAUAAACUUACAGGUCCUGAUCAUUUGAAUGUCCUUUCUAUGGAUCCUAAAAAGGAGGUUUCAAAAGGGGAGGAAUUACAUGAAAUAAAUAGCAUAAAUAAAAUAAGCUCCUCAGAUAAUAUAAAUAAUUUCAACAAUAAUACAAAUGGAUAUAUUAAGAAUGACAAUGAUGAUGAGAAAGAAUUAUAUAAACCAAAUAAUAUAAAUAAUAAUUACAAUAGAUUACACCUUAAUGAAAAAAAAAGUGCCAUUUGUAAAAAAAAAAAAAAAAUGUUAUUUUUUGAAGGGAAAUAUAUAAACAUUAAUGAAGAAUUUAAUAUAUUCAUUAUUAUUAAUCCUUUUUAUAAAGGUAGAAGUGAAUUACCAAAUAAUAUAAAAUCAUUAUUUAGAUCUUUUCAUUUUAUAAAGCCUGAUUUUUUUACAAUCGUUCAAGUUAUGUUAUAUUCUAAUGGAUAUAAGUAUAGUAAAAUAUUGUCUAAAAAAAUACUUUUAUUAUUUGAUCUAUGUGAGCAUAAUCUUUCUAACCAGAAACAUUACAAGUAUGAUUUGAGAACUGUUAAGAAGAUAACAUAUGUUAUGGGAAAAAUUAAGGAGGAUAAGGCAGAAGGUGGUAAUAAUAGUGAAGGCGAUUCUAUAAAUGGGGAUUCUAUAAAUGGAGAUCCUACAAAUGACGAUCCUACAAAUGACGAUGCUACAAAUGGAGGUGCUACAAAUGGAGGUACUACAAAUAUAGAUGCUACAAAUGGUGGUACUAUAAAUAACGAUGAUGAUAAUAACCAUCUCAAGUGCAGCAUUUAUCAUGAAUACAAAUUUUUAUUUAUUGCCAUCAUAGAAUGCAUCAUGCCUUCCAUAGUAAAAAAUGAUAUUUACCUGUUCCUACAAAUUUUGAAAAAUAUCUUUUAUGAAUUAUAUACAUAUAACCAAUCAUUAAAUAGUUCAAGAAAAGAAGAAAAAGAUGUUAACUUAAAAAAUAUUUUAUCAAAUAAUCGGAAUAAUGAUAACAGUAUUUUGACUUAUUUAAAAAGUUUUUAUUCAAAUAUAAAUGAUGAGAAAAAAAAAAACAUAUCGAAGAAAAGAAUACAGGAAGAAGAAAUUCAAAAUUUACAAAUAAAAUACAAUGAAUAUAACAAUAAAGACAAUAAUAAAAAAAAUGAUGACAAUUAUUUUGAUAGAAACAAAAUAACAAAUAAGGAUAUUACUAAUUUAAAUAGUUCAAAUAAUUUGAAAAAAAAAAAAAAUCAUAUAUGCAAUAUAGAUGAUGUGUCAAAUUAUGAAAUAUUAAAUAAUGAAGUUUCAACAAAUAAAGAAACAUUAUUAUAUAAAAACAAAGAGCUUGAUUAUAUUACAAAUAAGGAUAAUAUUGAAAAUAAUAAGAUAGAUAUAUUAAAUGAUAAUAAAAAUAUAAAAAUAAAUAUAAAAAAAAGGAAAUUUUUACAUAAAAAAGAAAUAAUAGAAGAUUAUUUAAAAGGUAUGUUAAAAAAAAAAAUGUUAGAAUUAAAUUAUGUGUGUACAGAUAGAUAUAUUACUAAAUUAAUUCAAUUAUAUAAUAUGAUAAAUUUUCAUACUGGCAUAUUAUUUUUAUCUUAUCCUUUAUCAAAAACAACAUCAUAUAAAAUAUUAAGUAGAACUAUUAAUACAAUUAAUGAUAGAGAUAUUAUAAAAACAAAAAUUAAUGAUUAUAUAAUUAAUGCUAAUGUUGUAAAAGAAAAAGAUCUUUUAGGUUUUUAUGAAGAAGUUUCAAAUAAAUGGGUACAUGGGAUAUUAACUAAAAAGAUUUUAGAUAUUAAUACAUUUUAUAAUGAUACAGAUAAUUAUUUAAAUAUAAUAUAUUUUGAUUGUUAUUUACAUUCAUUAUGGAUAGAAAAUUUAAAUUCUGUUUUAGAUGAAUCAAAAAUUUUAUGUUUAUCAAAAUGCGAUAUUAUUCCUAUAUAUAAUCAUACCCAUUUUAUUAUGGAAACAUAUAAUUUAAAAAAUAUAACUAUGGCUACUAUAAGUAGAUGUGGUUUAAUAAUUUUAAAUACAUAUGAUUUAAAUAUUGCAUCUUAUAUAUGUUCAUAUAUUAAUAAAUUAUCAAAUAAUUUUGAUAUUAUUCAUAAACAUAUUUUAUUAAAUUUAUUUCUUGUAUUUUUUUAUAAAAGUGUAUUAUUUAUAUGUAUUAAUCAUUUAUUUGUAUAUUCAUUUAAUGAAUAUUAUUAUUGUAUUUCUUUUAUUAAAUGUUUAGAUAGUCUCUUAUCAUAUUGCACAUUCGAAAUUACAGAUGCAAAUAUUAAAACAGAGCAAUUCCAAAAAUUUAUCACUUGUAUAUUUAUCUAUUCUUUAAUAUGGACAGUCGGUUCAAAUACUUAUAAAAGGGGAAGGAAAAUAUUUAAUGACUUUCUAUGUUCUAAUAUUUUAAAAUAUAAUUUAAAGAUAACAUUUCAAACAUUAGAAGGACAAAUAAUUGAUAUAAGACAGAUAAAUGAAAAUGAAAAGAAAAAGAAAGAAAACGAAGCUAUAGAUGAUUCUUUUUUCUCAUCAGAUGGAAAAGAAAUCAAUGAGCAGGAGAAUAAAAUGGACAUCAAAAAGGUGAGUCGUGACUUGCAAAAUGUUAAUGAUAUAAAAAGUGUAGACAUGAUAAAAGGUGUAGACAUGAUAAAAGGUGUAGACAUGAUAAAAGGUGUAGACAUGAUAAAAGGUGUAGACAUGAUAAAAGGUGUAGACAUGAUAAAAAGUGUAGACAUGAUAAAAAAUGUAGAGGGUGUUAUAAACUCACACUUAGAUAAGGGUUGCACAAAAAAUAUUAACAAUAACCAUAUCAAAAGAACAAAUAAAAUGAAGAGAGACAUAAUUAAGAAUAACUAUUAUGAAUAUAUAAAUAAUACAAGUAAUAAUAAUUUCGAAACACCAAAUGAUAAUAAAGAAAAAGAUUGUAAUGAUAAUAAAGAAAAAGAUUGUAAUGAUAAUAAAGAAAAAGAUUGUAAUGAUAAAGAUGAUGUUAUUAAUACAAUCAAUAAAAGACAUAUUCCAGAAAAAGCUACAUUGAUAAAAAAUAAUAUGUGUGAAUAUUUUUCAGAUGAAAGUAGCUGUAAUUCUGAUAUAGAUAUAUAUAAUGAGAAGAAUAAAAAUAUUGAUAAAUAUUAUGAGAGCUUAGAUAAUAUAUAUGAUUAUUAUAUAAAAAAUUGUAAAAGGUAUAAAAAUUUAUAUAAAAAUUAUGAUAUAAAUAUAGAUGGAAAUAAUAAUGACUUCUUUCAAAAAUGUUAUGGGAAUUAUAGUUCGGAUUCAAAUAGUAGUAAUGAUCAGAGAUAUUUAAAAAGAAAGGGUAAGAAAAAACAAACAUAUAGAAAAAAUAAAAUUGAAUCUUAUAUAAAAGAUGACAUAAAAAAAAAAAAUAUAAAUAAUAAUAAUAAUAAUAAUAAUAAAAGUGAUGAUAUAAUUAAUAAGGAUAAUAUUAAUAAUUACCAUAAUUAUGAUGAUUAUAUAAAAAAAUAUAGUUAUGAAGAAAACGUAGAUGAUAUUCUGCAUAAUGUUAAUUAUUACAAUGAUAUUUAUAAUUUAACUCAAUCAUCAGAAGAAAAAAAAAAAGACCAUAUGGAUUAUGAAAUAUCAAAAAAAUCAAAUACUUUGCUAUAUAUGAAUAAUAAUGAAGAGAAAAAGGGGAAUACACAUAUGACAACUGAAGUGGAAAAAGAAGGAAAUAAUAUGGAGACAAAUAAAGAUAAAUAUAAAAAUAAUGAUUAUAAUGAUAAUGACGAUUUUAAUAGCCAUUAUGAUAAUCAAUAUGAUAUUAAUUAUGAUAAUAAAUAUGAUAAUAAUUAUGAUAAUAAAUAUGAUAUUAAUUAUGAUAAUCAAUAUGAUAAUAAUUAUGAUGAUGACAUUGUGAAGGGUGAAAAAAAAACCUUUGAAAAGACUAAACUAGAUAUUAAUUUAUUUAAUUAUUAUUUUAAUUAUCAGAAAAAUUUGUUGAGCCAUUUAAAUUAUGAUGAAAAUAAAUUUACAUGCAUGGAUGAUUAUAUGAAUAAUACAGAUAUUAUGAUUAAACAAAAGAAACAUAUAUCUAUAUUACACAAUAUUGAUAUAUUUAUAAAAAAUAAAAAGAAUAUUAUCAUAGGAGGAUGUAGUAGUAUAGGUAAAACAUUAAGUGUUAAUUAUUUUUUAAAAAAAGUAAUUGGUAAAGAUAAAUUUUUUCCAGUUGAAUUUUUUUUUUCUAAUAGUACUAAGAGUAAGCAUGUUAGAAAUCAUAUAGAAUCAAAAUUAAUAAAAAGAAGAAAUAAUUAUUAUGGAACUCCAAAUAAUCGUAUAUGUAUUUUUUAUAUAGAUGAUAUAAAUAUUGAAACAAAUAUUGGAGGUGUUAAAAAUAGUCAUUCAUUAUCAUGUCAUGAAUUUUUAAGAAUGUUAUUUAAUUAUAAAUAUUUUAUUGAUGAAAAUUUAAAUUAUAAAUAUAUAGAAGAUAUAACAUGUAUAGGAACAAUGAAUAAUGCAUAUAGUAGUAGUAAUAAUAAUAGUCGUCUUUAUAAUAAUUUUAAUAUUAUAUAUUAUAAUAACUAUAAUUAUAAAGAAAUAUAUAAUAUAUUCUUUAAUUAUUUAAAUUGUCUAUUUAAUGUAUAUGAUAUAAAUAUUAAAAGUUUAAUACCUAAUCUAGUUCAUAUGCAAAUAGAUAUUUAUAAAUCAAUAAAAUAUAUGAAAUAUAGCAAUAAAAUUAAUAAUAAUAGUAAUAAUAAUAGUAAUAGAAAUAGUAAUAAUAAUAAUAAUAUUGAUAAUUCUUGUCAUAGUUAUAAUUAUAUACAACAUUCUGAAUAUACAAACAAAGAAGUUGAUGAACUGUUUUUACAUUUUUGGGAUAUUAAUAAUAUGAAAAAUAUAUUCAAAUAUAUUUCAUACCUAUCUAAAAAUAUAAAUAUUAGAAAAGAACAAAUGCUUUUAUAUUUUUUAUAUGAAAAUAAAUCUUUCUAUGUUGAAAGUUUUCUUUCAAAAAAAAAAAAAAAAAAAUGUAAAGAAAUUAUUAAAAAUCAUUUUAAAAAAUAUUUCAAUGAAGAAGAUAAAAAUAAUAAUUUUUUAAAUACAUAUGAUAAUUUAUUAUUUUGUAAUUUUUUAAAUUUAUAUCAAAAAAUAUAUGAACAAGUAUAUGAUAUAAAUGAUUUAUAUAAUUGUAUACAUACAUAUAUAUCUGAAUAUAGUAAUAAUGAAAAACUUAAUUUAAUUAUAUUUGAUAAUAUUCUAAUAUAUAUAUGUAAAAUAACAAAAACAUUUAUGAUAGACAAUUCUCAUAUUAUAUCUAUAGGAAUUAAUGAUAGUAUAAAAAAAAAUGUAAUUAAAAUAUGCUCAUAUAUUAUUAAUAAAAUAUUAAUAAUAUCAGAACUAAACAAAAAUAGUAAAAAAAAAAAUUUCAAAGAAGAAAUUAAAAGAUGUCUAUUUGAUUGUGCUAUAUAUGAAAAAAAAUGUAUAUAUUAUUUAAAUGAUAAAAAUUUUAAUAAUCUAUCUUAUAUAUUAGAAAAUCUAAAUAAUAUAUAUAAUUAUCAUGAUAGCUAUUUAUUAUAUACACAAGAAAAUUUCAAACAUAUAUUCAAUGAAUGUAAAAAUAAAUGUGAUCAACAUCAACUUAUAAGAAAUAUAACCAAUAUUUAUAAUAUAUAUAAAAAUACAAUCAAACAAAAUUUCCAUGUUAAUUUAAGUAUUUCUUUAAACACAUCUAAUCAAAUUCAUAAAUAUCCAUAUAUAUUAAAAAAUUCUUAUAUCAUAUAUUUUGAAGAAAAUAAUAAUGAGGGAUUGCAUAUUAUUACUCAAAACUUUUUUAUUAAUCAUUCACAGGAAGGAAAAAUUAAAAUGUUUAAUAUACCUUCUAAGCAAAAUAAUCAAAAUGGAAUCAAGCAAAAUAUAAAUGAAAAUAUAAAUGAAAAUAUAAAUGAAAAUAUAAAUGAAAAUAUAAAUGAAAAUAUAAAUGAAAAUAUAAAUAUAAAUCCAAAUGGUGAUAUAAAUAACAAUAUUUCAGAUAAAGAAAUAAAUACAAAUGAUAAUAACAUUAUUGACAAAGAGAAAAAUGUUAUAUUAGGAGAUAAUCAUUUAUAUGAUAAUAAAAUUAUAAAAAUAAAAAAUCAAAUAAAUCCUACACAUACUUAUAAUAUUCAUAAUAACAAACAAAAUGAUGGGCAACUUCUUACUUGUAAAAUAAGUACACCCCAAAAUAAUGAACAGCAUAUAAAAGACAAAGAGGAUAAGAUUAAUUUGAAUGAAGAAAAUACAAAUGAUAUGAUAAAUAUAAAAGGUUAUAAUAUAAACACCCUCAACAAUAACAACAACAAUAAUAAUAAUAAUAAUAAUAAUAAUAAUAAUAAUAGUAAUAGUAAUAAUAAUGUGAAGGAUCAUUGUGAUAUUUUUAAAACAUAUAAUACACGUCCAACAAAUUUGUGCAAUCAGCAAAUUAAAAACGAAGAACUUCUACAAGUUGAUAUAGAAAUGAUAAAACAAGAAGAAGAUAUGAAGUGUCUAGAAAAGAUUAUUGAUAAUAAAAUAUUUAUUAGGAUACAUAAAGAAAUAAUAAUGUUAUCUAAAAAAUAUUUAAAUGAAAAAGGAAUCAAUGUAUGUAUUAAUUCAAAUAAAUAUUUACAUUUUCUUGAACAUUUCGAUUAUUUAUUUUUCAUUAAGAAAAAAGAAUAUGAUAAACAUAUUGAUUUAUAUAGUAAAGCAUUAUAUAAAUUACAUAAGUGUGAAGAAGAUAUAAAAAUUAUGAAAAAUAAUUUAUUAAAUAUUCAACCUAUUUUAAAUAGUACUAAUAUUGAAAUGAAGAAAAAAGUUAAUGAAAUUGAAAGAGAUACAAAAGAUGCAUAUAUAAAACAAUCUGAAAUAAAAAAAAAAGAAAAUGAUGUUAAAAAUAAAAUAAAAAAUAUAACUAAUUUAAAAAAUAUUGUAAAUGAAGAAAUUAGUAAAAGUUUUGCUUUAUUAAAUGAUUCUUUAAAUAAUUUAAAUAAACUAAAAGUAGAACAUCUAAGAGAAUUAAAAGCCUUUGUAAACCCACCAUCUAUUGUUGUUAUGGUCAUACAAUGUAUUUUAACUUUUCUAAAAGAAGAUGAAAAAUAUUUAGAAUCUAAAAUUAUUAGACCUAAAAGUGUUAAUUAUUGGAUUUUAGCACAAAAAACAAUUUUUAGAGAUUCUAAAGUUUUUCUAGAUAAUUUAAAACAUUAUGAUAAAAAUUUAAUUGAAGAAGAUAUGAUUAUAAAAAUAUCUCCAUUAAUCAAAAAUAAAAACUUCAAUCCUAAAUUUGUUAGAAAAGCUUCUAAAGCAUGUGAAACCAUGUGUCAAUGGAUUCUAGCUAUUUAUCAUUAUUUUAUUAUUAAUAAAGAAUUAGAACCUAAAAAAGAAGAAGUUCUUUUACUAGAAAAAGAAAUCGAUAAAGAAUUAAAAUCUCUAGAUAUAUGUAGAAAUGAAUUAUUUGUUGUUAAUAAUAAUUUAAAUAAAAUGGAAAAUGAAAAAGAAGAAAUUAAUAUAAAACAUAAUGAAUUAGUUACACAAAUUGAAAAUAUAAAACAAAAAAUUAAAAGAUCAAAAGUUAUAUUAUCAUCAUUAUUAGAUCAAGAACUUAAAUGGAAUAAUAAAAAAAUAUUCUAUAUUAAAAAAAGAGAUUUAUUAAUAGGUGAUUGUAUUAUAUGUUCUACUCUUCUUAAUUAUAUAUCACAUUUUUCAUAUGAAUAUAGAAAAAUAAUUAAAUUAAAGAUAAAAAAAAUAUUAAAUUUAUUUCAUAUUAAAUAUACUAAUAAUAUAUCCAUUCCAAAUUUUUUAGAAUCCAAAAUUAAUUUAGAAAAAUGGGUAGCAUAUGGAUUAACUAAUAGUACAUACUAUUUUGAAAAUGUAAUAAUAAUGAAUAAAAGUAUAAAAUAUAAUUUAUUAAUUGAUCCUCAUUUUAUUGCAACUAAUUUUCUUAAAAAUUUAUAUCACAAAAAAAGAGAAGUACAAAUAUUAAGAAAUAAUAGUUCUAACUUUAUAGACAAAAUAGAAAAAGCAAUGCAACUAGGAAAUAUUAUCAUAUAUACACAUUAUGAUGAUUCAACACUUUUAUUUUCAUCUCUUUUUCAUUAUAAAAUUAAUAGAACAUUAUAUGAUUUUCAAAAAAUUAAAAUGAACAAAAAAGAGGACACCUGUGAUGAUCAUCAGGAGAGGCAAACAAAACGAAUGAAUUUGACAAACGAUUUUUUGGAUAAACCUAUGGAUUCUCAUAAGAAUGAAAAGAAUGAACAUAUAGAUGGUCAUAAUAGUGGUGAUACUAAAAAAUUUGAUGACACCAAAAAUUGUGAUGACACCAAAAAUUGUGAUGACACCAAAAAUUGUGAUGACACCAAAAAUUAUGAUGACCCCCAAAAUUGUGAUGACCCCCAAAAUUGUGAUGAUAACAAUAACAAUUUAAAAAUAAACUGCGUUAAUUUCAACAACAAGAUAAUUACUGUAGAUCCAUUGUUUGAUAUAUAUUUUAUAGUAUAUGGUAAUAUUCAAUUUGAUGAUAUUACCCAGAAUUAUUUAAAUAUAAUAGAUUUUAAUAUAAAUUUGAAAAUAUUAGAAGAAUAUUUUUUAGAAAACUUAAUAGAAAAACUAUCAAAAAGUUAUAAUGAAAAUCGAUCUAAUUUGAUUCAUCAUAUUCAUAAUUUAAAUAAUCAAAUAAUAAUAAAAGAGAAAGAGAUAUUACAUAUUUUAAGUUAUAAAGAAGAUAUAUUAUGUGAUGAUGAUAUUGUUAUAACUUUUGAAAAUGCUAAUAAUCUUUUUUAUGAAAAUAAGAAAAAAAUUAAAGAAUUUAAAAUAAAUAAAAAAGAAAUAAAUAAAAUGAGAGAUAAUUAUAUGAGUAUGGCUAAACAUAUUGCUGUUAUUUAUAUUUGUAUAAAUAAUUUGAUUACAUUAAAUUUUUUUUAUAAUUUCUCUAUAUUAUCUUUUAUUAAUUUAUUACAUAUUAGUAUAGAUAAAUCUGAUGAAAAUAAAUUAUUAGAAAGAAGAAAAAAAGAUAUACUUAAUAUAUUUACUACAAAAAUACAUUACGAAAUUUCAAGAACAUUAUCUGAAAAACAUCAACUUAUUUUCUUUUUCUAUAUGGUUUGUAUGAUAAAUAUAUAUAAAAAAGACAUUGAUUAUGAUGAUUAUUAUUUUCUUAUAUAUGAUGAAUUUCCUCAUACAUAUGAUAUUAAAAAUGAAAUUGUUAAAAUGGAAAAAGAAAAAUCAAAAGAACACGAAAAAAACAAAAAUAAUAAUAAUAAUAAUAAAAUAAAUAUUCAUGAUGAACACAGAAAUGUCAAUGUUUAUAUAAAUACAUCUGAUAAGUAUAAUAAUAUGCAAUCAGAAAAAAAAAGUAUUUCUUCUGAUGAAAAUUAUCAAUAUGAAAGUGAGCAAUCUGAUACUACCCUUUCAGGUUCUGAUGAUGUAUCUUUGUGUAGUCUACAAUCUGAGGGUAGCGAAAAAGAUUCUUCUCAUCACCCCGAUUCAUUAAAAAAAAACAAAUAUGAUAAUAUUAAUGAUCAUAUUAAUGAUAAUAUUAAUGAUCAUAUUAAUGAUAAUAUUAAUGAUAAUAUUAAUGAUCAUAUUAAUGAUAAUAUUAAUGAUCAUAUUAACGAACAUAUUAAUGAUAAUAUUAGUGGUCAUGUUAAUCCAAUACAUGAAAAGAAAGAUAUAGAAUACAUGGCUAUACAUAAGAAAAACGCAAAAGACGAUUUUAUUAACACGCUUGAUAAUAAUAAUAUUUUUGAAAAAGAAGAACAGAAUAAAAAUGAAUAUUCAGAAUUUAUUUUUGAUUUUGAUACAAAAAAAUUAACAUGGAUGAAUAGAAAAGAAUAUUUAAGUAUUAAAAAAUUAAUAAAAAAAAAAAAAUUUUAUGAAUUUUUUAAAAAAGUUCUUAAUGAAUAUGAAUAUAUAUUUCGAAAUAUAAAAACAGAUCAUACAAUAUUACAACAUAAAGAUAUUAAAAAUUUAUUAACUAAUUUUGAAAAAUUAAUUAUAUAUAAAAUAUUUAGAUUUGAUAUUUUAAAAUUAAAUAUGAAUAAUUAUGUAGAUAAAUAUCUAAAUAUACAAACAUCUAGUUACACAAAAGAUUUAUAUAAAUGUUAUGAACAUUCAUCUAAAUAUAAACUUAUUCUAAUAUUAUCUAAACAUCAUUUAAGUACAGCUAGCGAAAUCAUGAUUCUAAGUGAAAAAAUUACAGGAAAAAAUAAUUUAAUUAUAUAUAAUAAAAAUGAUGUAAAUUAUCUAAUUGAUAUAUUAAAUGAUUCUAUAAAAAAUGGAUUAUGGGUUCUCAUAGAAAAUGCUCAUUUAAAUAUACAUCUAAUUUUAGAAAUAGAAAAAUAUAUAGAAACAUGUAAUAUACAAUAUUCAAAUCCUGAAUUUAGAAUAUGGAUAAGUACAAGUUCUGUUGAAUAUUUUCCUUAUUAUCUUUUAAAAUUAUGUAUUAAGGUGACAUUUGAAAAUGUAUAUAAUUUGAAAUCUUGUCUUUUAAAUAUUUAUUCAAAUGUGUGUGAUGAUCAGGAGGAUCAGAUGGAAAAGAAAUAUGACCCCGAGGAUGGUGAUAAUAAAAGUGGUAAUUCUAAUUAUGAUGAUGAUAAUUCUAAUGGUGAUAAUUCUAAUGGUGGUAAUUCUAAUUAUGAUGAUGAUAAUUCUAAUGGUGAUAAUUCUAAUUAUGAUAAUUCUAAUGAUGAUAAUUCUAAUGGUGAUAAUUCCAAUUGUGAUGAUAAUGAAAAAAAAAAAAAUAUUCAAACAUCAGAUUAUGAAAAUAAUUGUAGAGAAAGCAAUGAAGGAACAUCAUCUGAAAGUUCUCAUGACAAUAUAAAUAUGGUUCUCCAAAAAAAAAAAAAAAAAUUAAAUGAAAAUGAAAAGAUCUUAAUAAACAAAUUAAAUUUUAGUUUAUGUUUUUUUCAUGCAUUAAUUCAAGAAAGAACAAAAUUUAAAAAUAAAGGAUUUAAUAAUUGUUAUGAUUUUACAGAUAUGGAAUUAAGAUUAGCUAAUGAGAAUAUAAUAAAUUUUGUUCAUAAUAAAAAUAUAGAUAUAAAUUUAUUAAUAUAUUUAAUUGGUAAAAUAAUAUAUGGUGGUAUAAUAAUAGAUAUUAAUGAUCAGAAAUGUUUUAAUAUUAUAUUAAAAAAAUAUAUUAAUGAAAAAAUAACAUAUUCAAAUAAUGAAUAUAAAUUUAAUAAUUAUUAUUAUUGUCCUCAUAGUUCAAAUAAAAAUAUUUUCUUAAGAUAUAUUAAAUCUUUACAAUAUGUAACUGACUUUUCUAUAUUUAAUUUACAUCCUUGUCUUAAUAUUUUAUAUAUGAAAAAUUAUAAUUUAAAAAUAUUAAAAAAUCUACAAAGAUUAGAAUCAAAUAUAAUGAUAAAAGAUCAACAACAAAUACAUAUCUUUUAUAUUAUUACUAUUCUAAAAAAUAUUCUACCAAAUUUUAUAGAUACUAAUAUUUUAAAUUAUUUAUUUCUAAAUAAUAUUAAUUGUUCUAUUAUAACAUUCUUAAAAAUUGAAGCUGAUAAAUAUAAUUAUUUAUUAACAAUUAUAUAUAACGAUCUAACUAAUAUAAUCAAUUUUCUUCAAAAAAAAAAAAUACAUUCUAAAAAUAUUACUCAUAUAUAUGAUUCAUUAAUUAAUUUAUCUAUACCUAAAAAAUGGAUAACACAUUCUUUCUUUUCGAAUUUACAAAUAUUUCAUUAUGCUACACUUAUACAAGUUAAGGUUACACAUAUAAAGAAAUACAUCAAGAAUUAUAAAAACAAAAUUUUUAAUCUAGGAGCUUUCUUAUCUCCAAAGAGUUUGCUGUUAGCCAUUCGGCAAAAGUUUAGCCAAGAAUUAAAAGUAGAUGCUAAUAAAAUAAAAUUAAAAUAUGAAAUAACAAAAUAUUUUAAUGAAGAUGAUAUAAACGAUAAAGAUAAUUAUUAUAUUGGUGGUUUUUUUCUUGAAGGAGCUACAUUUGAUAUUACUAAUAUGAUAAUAAAACAAUCAACUUCUAUACAAUUAUAUUCUCCUAUGCCUUACAUCAAAAUAUAUAUUCUUACUAAAAAUAUUUCCUAUCAAAAAUAUAGAAGGAGAAAUUCUUAUGUAUUCAAAUGUCCUAUAUAUAAAAAUAUUCACAAAUCGGGAUAUACUUUAACUAAUAAUGAACCAAUAUUCUACUUAAAAUUAAAUUCAAGAGAACGAAAAGAAAAAUGGAUUGAGAGAAACAUAUCUGGAGUUUUAAUGAUGAAAUAUGAAUAA